AUUACAACACACAAGUAGAGUCAAGGAGCUAUCCAUCCGGAACCGGUGGCCAUGCGCGGAGGCAGUCAUUGGAUUGCCAGGUGCCCUUCUCUUCGCCAUUAAACAUGUUCCGACUCUCAGAUCUUUGCGGUUGUAUGGAAUAGCAAAAGUAGGUCCUGACAGUGCAUUUGUACUUCCAGAGGUAUUUGCUCACGCACCCUUCUUAAUCGAUCAUGAGUUUUGAUGCCACCAGGAAUUGGAGGGCGUUGCUACAUUUACCACUCUCAGCAUUACUCACUGUAACGCAAGCCCUUCCGCUCUUGCUGAACUGAUGAAAUGGCCUUUUGGGCUCGAAAGUCUUACCGUCUACGAGAUCUACUGGUACCCGAAUCGCGGAUAUUUUCAUGACUUUCGAUCCAUUCUGUAUCGCCAUAGAGAGACGUUGAGGUUUCUGCACAUUGGCAACGUUCCAGAAGCAGGACCGCUUGACCUCUCAGAGUUCACUAGUCUUGAAUCCCUUCAUCUCUUCUCGAGGACAAUGUCUCACAAGUGGGAGCCAGAGGAGCUAUGCAACAAAAUCCUUGCCGCACCAAGACUUCGUAAUCUCGUCUGGGACUUUCAUCAAUGGGAUGAGCAAAUCGGCCACUGCACUGCUUGGGAGGAUUUUGGACCUGCUGAGGUAGAAUGGCUGCAAAGAGUCGCUGAACUUGCUAAGCAAAGGAACGCCUCUCUCCGCGAAAUUCAAAUUGCGUUUCGUCUUGGGGAAUGUUUCGAGCUUGACCCAACUAAAGAAAGGUCUCCUUGGGACUGGAUGGAAGACGCCAGGGUUGGAUUGGAACGCUUCAAUAUCAGUUUGUUGAUAAAUUGACUCAGGCAAUGCAACCCUUCCCUUCGAUAGCAAUCCGACUGCGGGGAGCAUCUCAAUGC